GGAAGAUCUCCUUCACAGAACAUCUUUCAAAAUACUCAAGACGUUUCUCAGCGAUCGUAGCUAGCGAGUUCUGGCUUCUUGAAGCUAACACCAACCGAAAUUCAGUUAUUGUCAUUUAAUAACCAUUGUUCAAUUGUAACCCUAACAUCAUGGCAGACUUAAUUUACUGGCGGGCGAUGUAGAAAGUAAAAAUAUUUUACACACCAGCUCCAGAGAUAGUUUGUGGAACUUAAAGUGUGAUUAUACUACAGUCAUGGAAGUAACAAUCGGGUUAUGAGUGUGGGCGAUGGAGGACAAUCAGUGUGGGGACGUGGACUAUCUCAUCCAAGAUGAAAACACGUUAAUCGAAGGCGUGAGCAACCAAGUUCUGUUUGUUGUGGUACUCACCAUCGCAUUCCUGGCAGGCUUCCUCACGCUGCUCUGCAGAGAGGAUCAGCAGCCGAAUAUUCACCCCGAGAAUCAGGAGCAUGUUCGAGCUGUGCGACAGCAGCUUCAAUCAGAGCAGGAGGAAAAUUCCCAGCCGCAAAGUCCCCAGCCGGAAGCCAGGCAGCAGUAUUACAGAGAUAUGUCUUGCCCGGUGUGUUUACAACAAGCCGUUCUACCCGUCGAAACCAAUUGCGGUCAUCUUUUCUGUGGUUCCUGUAUUAUAGCCUACUGGAGAUAUGGCGCCUGGUUGGGUGCCAUUAACUGUCCCAUAUGCAGACAAAUGGUCACAUUGCUCUUCCCACUAUUCCAUGAGCAUGCUGCUCCUCAGAGAGUCCAGGAUGGUGAGGCAGAACCUCAGCUCAUCCUCAGAGACAUCAACGAUUACAACCGUCGCUUCUCGGGCCAGCCAAGAUCUUUGAUGGACCGGCUCCGUGACGUCCCCACCCUCCUUCGCCACGCUUUCAGAGAGAUGUUCUCCAUGGGGGGCCUGUUCUGGAUGUUUCGAAUCCGAAUUAUCCUCUGUCUGGUCGGAGCACUCACCUAUCUAGCGUCGCCGCUCGACAUCCUCCCCGAGGCGCUUUUCGGCCUCCUCGGAUUCAUGGACGACUUCUUCGUCAUCCUGCUCCUCUUUGUCUACAUCUCGAUUAUGUAUAGGGAGGUGGUCACGCAGAGAUUGAACGGCUAGUCCGGCACAUUUCGCAUCCAGGAAAUCGAAGCUUGAAGGUAGUUUGCGUUAUGUUAUAGAACUUUGUUUACAGCGGAUUCAACAUCAAUAAAAAUGUUUGAUUUGUAAUGCAUCAAAUUCAUAUGCCGCUUUUUUGGACUCUCAAAGACAAGGUUUAUGAAUUUGUAGAAAUGGACAUUGCUGUGUGACUCUCACAACCUGUUCACUGACUUUACACUUGUUUAUUUUGUUGAAUAUUCAAUUUAUGUAAAAUAAUGAAUUAUCCUUAGCAACCAUUGAAUGUUUCUACUUGCAGGAAUUUUCUAUAUUGUUGCACUUGUGACUGUGAGCUGCUGCUUACUGUAAACUGGACAAUUGGUUUGUAUUAUUAACCUGCAAUUGAUAAAUAAAUGUGACGCUUGUGCAAUGUGCAA